GGAUCCAAAGGGAGUUCAACGAGUGGCAAACACCAUCAUGGAACUAUCUGAACCAGUCACCCUCUUUCUUGUCAUCUGUCUAUUUUGCAUUGCCUUCUUAUCAUUUCAGAGAAAAAUAUCAAACAAGGGGAGGCUUCCCCCAGGACCCACUCCCCUGCCUCUGAUUGGGAAUUUCUUACAGAUCAAGUCAUCUGAAACCCUAAAAUCUCUGGUGAAGCUGAGUGAAAAAUAUGGACCUGUGUUCACUGUCUACUUUGGGAUGCGGCCAGCUGUGAUCUUAUGUGGACAUGAUGCUGUGAAGGAGGCCCUGGUAGACAAGGCUGAAGAAUUCAGUGGAAGGAAAACUAAUCUUACCCUGGAAACAACGUUCCAAGGAUAUGGGGAAGCAUUUUCCAAUGGGGAGCGUUGGAAGAAAUUGCGUCGGUUCACUCUCUGUGUCCUGAGGGACUUUGGAAUGGGAAAAAGAUCAAUUGAAGAGCGAAUCCAAGAGGAAGCCCAGUUCUUGCUAGAAGAUUUUAGGAAAACCAAGGUGAAAGUGCAUGAGGAAAUUGACCGAGUGAUUGGACCGAAUUGCAUCCCAAACAUGGCAGAGCGCAACCGGAUGCCAUACACGGAUGCUGUCAUCCAUGAAGUGCAGAGAUGCUCCGAUCUCAUCCCUAUGAACCUGAUACACAUGGUCACCCGUGACACUGAAUUCAGAGGAUUCUUCAUCCCUAAGGGAACAGAGGUCCACCCGUUGCUGAGCACAGUUCUGCAUGACCCCACUAAGUUUAAAACCCCCCAUGUUUUCAACCCAGAGCACUUCUUGGAUGAGAAUGGGUGCUUCAAGAAGAACGAUGCCUUUAUUCCAUUCUCCUCAGGGAAACGGGUAUGCCUGGGUGAAACCUUGGCCCGUAUGGAGCUUUUCCUCUUCUUCACCACCAUCCUGCAGAGCUUCCACCUGAAGUCCAUUAUCCCUCCUGAGGACAUUGACAUCACCCCCAGGGAGAACGGCUUUGCCAAAAUCCCACCCCUCUACCAGUUGUCCAUCAUCCCACGCUGAGGGGAAGAAACAGAAGUAGACCAAACCCAGAAUACGUAUGUCGUCUUGCAACAACAGCAGCAGAAGCAACAACAACAACAACAACUGUAUUUUUACUUGCCUCUCCUAGUGGCUCUAGGCAGGUUACAACAUACAAAAACACAUAAUCAUAAUAUAAAAUACACAUAUUAAAACCUAUUCCUACAAAAUACAUAUAUUAAAAUACAUAAAAUACAGAGUAAAAAAUGUAAGUUUAAAAUUCAUAGUUAAAAUUGGCUGAGUAUGGCUUAUAUUUGCUUCCCAGUUGUUUAGAAUGCAUGUAUGUUGUCCCCUAAUUUUCUGUUACAAGUCUGGCUAUGAUUUUCUCUCCUUUGAAAUUGCUUUUGCCAUUUCACCCCAAACCUGGCCUAUUUAGACUUGGAUGCCCAUUGGAUGCCCUGGUAGGAAAGUAGGAGAGUCAUCAGCAUUCUUAGCAUUCCAUUGCCAACCUGUUGCAGCUUUUCCUAUGUCCUCCUUCAUCUAGAGAAUUCAAUAUCUCUUGAACUUUAUCUCUGCCUAGAUUAUAGAGGGAAACAUGCAGAUAGCAAGAUUCUGUUUCACAACAACUCCCUAAAGCUCUAGUCAGCAUAUCUAUGUAUGAUAUAUGCUGGGAAAUACAGUCCAUCAAUAUUUGUAGGGCGUGAUCUGUCUGUUGGUCUUGUUUGUGUAUAUCAGUGGUCCCCAACCUUUUUUUGACCAGGGACCACUCUCCAAUGUUAGUACCAAAAGGGUUACAAAUCUGUUUUUGGUCAACUUUGUAAGUAAGUACCUUUUAUUGAUUAGCCCAUUAGCCGUAUCAAAAACAUUUGACAAACACAUACACAUACAGUACAACAUAAAUUUAAAUAGACAAGCUGUUAAAAAGGUUCCAAUUCAGAUCAAAUAUCUGCAUCACUCCCUACAGUUUGCCCCAAUCCACUCUAAAUAUUCAGUUCUUAGCUGUGCUGCUUUAAAUAGGAAAAGGGCCAUUCUGUAUUUUAUUUUAGCAUUAUGGCCGGCCAAUAAAAAUGUAGUUUUAAUAUACGGAUUCCAAUGUGUGUGUUUCAAUAAUGUAUGGCCCAAGGGAUUGGUUUCUCUCUUUCUUAUACAAGUUACAACUAAACAAUACAUAUGUGAUAUCUUCUACCUCUGUUUUUGGUCAACUUUAGAUUAGAAUAUGCUGAUUCAGAAAAAUUGCAUUGGAUACACCACAUCAGCUCUAGUUUCUGAUACAGAACAUAUGCCAUCCAGUAUUCACCAUCUGCUCACCCAAAUAAAACCAUAUUUAAUAAUCUAGAGCUGAUGUAGUCUAUCCAAUGCAAUUUUCUGAAUGAGCAUCCCAAAUAACCCAAGGAACAGAUGUAAAAAUGAAGAUAUCAAGACGCUCCCACUUCCAGGGGUCACAUUGAACACCUCCCCUCAGGAGGAGGGAGGAGCAAGUCAGAAUUUCUCCUCCCGACAUCCCUGUUGCUUCAGCACUACAAGAAGGUUUUGUGAGCCCAGUCUCUCUUAUGGCAAAGGUGUAGUAACGUUGAGGCUGCGGACCAUAUUUUACCUCUUGGGGACCACUGGUGGUCCAUGGACCACAGGUUGGGAACCACUGAUGUAUAUGCUAUUCUCUGUUUUGAUGGAUGGAUGGAUGGAUGGAUGGAUGGAUGGAUGGAUGGAUGGAUGGAUGGAUAGGCAGAUAGAUAGGCAGAUAGAUAGGCAGAUAGAUAGGCAGAUAGGCAGAUAGAUAGAUAGAUAGAUAGAUAGAUAGAUAGAUAGAUAGAUAGAGUGAGCGAGCUAAGGACCAUAUUUUACUUCUUGGGGACCACUGGUGGUCCAUGGACCACAGGUUGGGAACCACUAAUGUAUAUGCUAUUCUCUGUUUUGAUAGAUGGAUAGAUGGAUAGAUGGAUAGAUAGAUAGAUGAUAGAUAGAUAGAUAGAU